AUGGCUGAACCAAGGCAAGUCAGACACGAAUUCUAUGAGACGGACGACAGGCUAACGCUUUCCGUGUUUGUCCGCAAUGCGAACCCAGACCAGGUCGACUUCUCCUACGGAGACCAACAUUUGUACCUUAGUCCUCUGCGAGCAGGCAUCGACCCUGCACAAUCGGGCUACCGUGUAGGCAAAGUCAAGGUUGAAAUAUGGCUCGCGAAGCUUGUGCAUGGUCGAUGGGGGACAUUAGUUAGUUCCGGUUCUGCACCAGGUCUGCCUCUACAAUCUUCUGCUGCACCGUCGUCGACUCAGCCCAAUACGUCGAAUAAAAAGAACUGGGACUCGAUUGUGGCAGGAAUCCCCCUUGACGGCGACAAGACUCUCCAGGAUGACCCAAAUGCUGGAGGUGAUGCUGCACUCAACACGUUCUUCCAGCAGAUUUACGGAAACGCAGAUGAAGAUACGAAGCGUGCUAUGCUCAAGUCAUACACUGAAUCCGGAGGGACCUCACUUAGCACAAAUUGGGAUGAGGUUCGCAAGGGCAAGGUCGAGGUCAAGCCUCCUUCCGGCAGCGAGUACAAGCCAUGGGGUUGA